UUCCCAAACAGCUGUAAAUUUGCAUUUAUCUUUUCAAUUCGUAAAUUUGUGGUUUGAAAAAAAAAUUGUGAAAUAAAAUUCUUUAAAACACAUUAAAUACUUAAAAAUAUAGUCGAAAUUUGCAAGCAAUAUAACCGAAUAGUAAAAUGUUGCGUUUAAUGUAUAGUAGAGCAAUUCGAGCUCCCGCAAGUCCAAAUACCCAAUGGGUGGCUUGUAUAAGUCGAUCCACUGCAGGAGGACAACAAAGCAAGAGUGAGCCCAAAAUGUCAGCAUCAGAAGAAUUCAGACAGAAACGGGUAAAACUAAAUAUCAAAACCGAUAAUGUAGAGGGUCGGCCAUUAUACUUGGAUGCACAAGCCACCACACCUUUGGACUUUCGUGUAUUGGAUGCUAUGUUGCCGUAUUUGACAAACUAUUAUGGAAAUCCUCAUUCUCGAACACAUGCUUAUGGUUGGGAGACAGAACAGGCUGUAGAAAAAGCUCGCGAACAAGUAGCAAAUGUAAUAGGGGCGGAACCAAAAGAAAUUAUAUUCACAUCGGGUGCCACAGAAUCCAACAAUAUAGCUGUUAAGGGGGUAGCAAGAUUUUAUGGGUCUAAGAAGAAACAUGUCAUUACCACACAGACAGAGCACAAAUGUGUUUUAGAUUCUUGCCGUGCUUUGGAAAAUGAAGGUUACCGCGUUACGUACCUUCCUGUGAAAUCAAAUGGAAUAAUUGAUAUGAAACAGUUGGAAGAGGCCAUGACCCCUGACACUUCACUGGUGUCUAUAAUGACAGUCAAUAAUGAAAUAGGUGUCAAACAACCAAUCUCCGAUAUAGGAGCUCUUUGCCGUUCCAAAAAAGUUUUCUUUCACACAGAUGCUGCUCAGGCAGUGGGAAAAAUUCCCCUUGACGUAAAUGCCAUGAACAUAGACCUUAUGUCCAUAUCAGGCCACAAAAUCUAUGGGCCAAAAGGUGUGGGUGCGCUCUAUGUACGCCGCCGUCCUCGUGUUCGCUUAGAACCUAUACAGAGUGGUGGUGGUCAAGAGCGAGGACUACGAAGUGGCACUUUACCAGCUCCCUUAGUUGUUGGUCUGGGUGCAGCAGCCGAAUUGGCACAAAUUGAAAUGGAAGCCGACUCGAAAUGGAUUAAUUUUCUAUCGAAACGUUUGUUGGAACGCAUAACAACAGCAUUGCCCAAUGUAAUACGCAAUGGAGAUGCCGAAGAGACAUACGCCGGUUGUUUAAAUUUAUCCUUCGCUUAUGUAGAGGGUGAAUCAUUGUUGAUGGCCUUGAAAGAUGUAGCCUUGUCUUCUGGUUCAGCAUGUACAUCGGCUUCAUUGGAACCCUCAUAUGUAUUGAGAGCCAUAGGCACAGAUGAAGAUUUGGCCCACAGCUCUAUAAGAUUUGGUAUUGGUCGCUUUACUACAGUGGAAGAAGUUGACUACACCGCUGACAAGUGUAUAAAGCAUGUGGAACGUUUGCGCGAAAUGUCACCUUUAUGGGAAAUGGUGCAAGAGGGUAUUGACUUGAAAAAUAUCCAGUGGUCACAACAUUAAAACGUAUACACCUUUCUGUGUUGCUUUGUCAACGACUGGUUUGUAUAAAAUAAACUUCGAUAUAUGUAUCAUCCAUAGACUUAGCGACAAUUCCUUUUGUAGGCCUUAAAAAGGCACUCAAUCAUAAGUUGUUUUACGAUAUAAAAAAUUGUGUAUAUUUUAAGCUCCAAAUAAUAAAGCUAAUAAAAGGGGUAACAAAUCUCAAAGAUAUAA